AUGGAGAUUUCCUGGUUCCUUUUUUUCGUCUGGUGCACCACUCACCUGGUUACUGGAUUCGAUCUAGGACCGAUCGUCAGGAUCGCUCAGUGCAGAUCCCAGUGUUUGAGGAAGCACACUUCCGAUGGAAUCUGCGAUUGGUAUUCCGAACAACAACAACAAACUACUUGCAGCAUGUGCUGGCAGUACUGCGAGGCCCUCGAGAACCGGUGGGAGAAGACGAGAACCAUUUGCGAGGGCGACCAGUAUCUACACUGUCCAGCCUGUGAGACGGCGUGCACCUAUCGAAAAACCAGGAUAGAGGAGAAGUAUCUACCGUCCAUGUUACCAGCUCCUAAGAAGGCGCCCCUCGAUCUCGACAAAUUCGACGUAGCUGUGGUGAUGCGCAAGCUGUACAAGCAGUGGAGAGUGGCCGGCUAUUACCCGGGUGAGCGUACACCGAAUCUGAGACCGGACACGUGGAUCAUAGUCGCGAUGGAGAACGGGAUGAAGCACUACAGUUGGCAGGAAUGGGUUCCGAAAUUGGAAUCGUUGAAGGAGGGACCUUUGUACGAGGCGACCAUCUCCUGGAAGGACGUGCAGACCCAGCUUCAGAAGCAGAGGUCCCUGCAACAGGUCAGAUUCAACAACCGAGUGAGGCAGUUAUUCCUGGAGAAGUACGGCGAGAAAGUUCUCGCCGAGUGGAGGAGCCAGGAGGACUCGCAAAUCUCGGACGACAUAUUUCGAAGAUUCUUCUUCAGGAGGAAGGACGAUCGAUCGGAGGACGAUCUCGAGGCCGACGACGCCCCGUCUACAAGCAACGCUUACAACGACAGGAUCGAUUUGAAGGAUCGUUUGGAGGGCAAGGAAUCGUACGUGGUUUCGUGGGAGCCCGAGACAGGAGGUCUUAUGGGAAAUCAAGUGACCGACUCGAAUUGCGCGCAGAUUUCUCUCCUCCCUGGGACCAAAUAUCUCGUGAGGAUCGCCUCCAACGACGGACCAGGUAGCUUCCCCAUCGAAGUAGACACGACGCCUAAUUUCGUUCAGGUUAAGAGGAUAAAGGCACCCGUCCAAGUACUGUAUUCUUGGGACAUAUACGCGGCUUUCGGUUGUGCCGUCCUCUUCGUGGCCGGUUUCGUGCUGACCAAGAUGUACAGAAAGGACAAGAUUUCGGCCGAACACGUUUGAAGAUGAAUGCUUCCUUUUUCUUCUUCUUUUUUUUUUUUUUUUUUGCUAUUGUGCACGAACUGCUAUGGAUCGAUGAAACAACGGCGGCGAAAACAUCGCGAGACAACUCAGGGAUAUGCUCUGACGGAGCAUGGAUGAUAUUUCUGAAUCCGGAGAGGGAAGGAGAAGGAUGUGAAAAUUCGUAACGAAGAUCGAGGAUCUUUUUAUAUCGUUACGAACGACAAUUGCGAAUAUUGCAAUUUUUACUAACGAUGUAAAUUCCGUAGGUUUUCGUAGGUUAUAGAUAUAUAAGGAGUAAUAAAUUGGAGUAAAUUUAAGUUACGCGGUUACCUAUCGCGUAUAAAGUAUAAUAGUUUCUAAAGAGUGUUAAUCACGACUGUCGCAACCACUUCUGUAAAUUUCUAAACGUGGAAAUGUACAAAAGAUAUCUAUGCUAUUUUUGUAUAUGUAAUAGGGUAUUAUUAAAUAACUCCUUGCUCAACACUGAAACGAACAGACUGUAAAAGAGUUCCUAUCAAACUGAAAAUGAAGAAGAGUGAGCGGCCGAUACGAGGCGCGCACCACGCUGUAUUUAUUUGUAAAUAGUAGCUCGACAA